UGGUUGUGGUUACUAAAGAUGGGAUGUGUUGUACGAAAUGCAGAGUUUGCUAAAAUAAUGUUUUGAGAGAUGACUUCAGUACAGUCUACAUUGUAAAAAAAAUGCAAAAGCUGGACGUUUCAGUUUAGCAUUAAGGCAGCUGGGAAUGCCUCCCUUAGGUUAAAAGCAUGUGGAAGAUAAAAGUUAAUGUUUAUACAUGGGGAGGGGGUGUGUAAAUGACAAAGUCACAGUGGACAUUCUUAGCACAAAUGUCCAUUAUCAACCCUGAGCCAGUGGUUGGAAAUUCCACGUAUGCAUGGCGGGUGCCAAAUCUGUGUAGUUGACUUUGUGCAAAGCUGAGUUAGGAACUUGUAACUUUUGUACCGCGAGUCCUGAACACUGCAAUAUGUAUUGCUAACAGAUAAUUUGUGUGAUUAUUGAUUUAUGUUUACUCACACUUUUACCCUCUGUGACUUUUUCAUGCUAAAAAUUGGAAAUAUUAAAUUCAUCUGUACAUUUUUAUGCCAAGACUCCCACGCAAAUGAGUUUCAAUGUUUCAAUGCUAUCAUCUGGUUCAAAACAAUGUCUAAUACAUGUUUAUACAUAUAUUUCUCAUUUACAUGGCAGCAUCCCAUUGGUGGUUGUCAGCUCAUGUACAACCCCCCGUAAAAGCUGACCCAUCUUUCUCAGUAACACAAGGGGAAAGCCACCCCAUCAACUUCGUCUUGGCCGCUUGGCCAUGCGGCCUCUUGCCCAUCUUACGGUCGGUCAUUCAAGGCGUAUAUCCAAUGCCAGAUGGUCGGUUCAUACCAAGGGCAUACCUUUAAGGUCGCAUGCCAAUCAUGCACCAGUGAUCUGGCUGUUGCUAUUAAUCCUGCUGUUACGGCUGCUAUUAAUCAUUUAUCCUGCUGCUAUGCAGAUACCCAGAUAGACAUCCAACCUUUCACUCAAACAUCUGGCCGAUCAGCCGUUGGCAACGUUGCUACCCAUAAACCUGGCAAUGUAGCCACGUCCAGCCUCCCACCCUUCCACCCCUGUCCCCGGCCACCCAUCAACCAGAACAAGUGGUCACCCAGCCUCCUAGCCACCCUUACCCACCCAGAGCAAAGCGUCCUGGGCGUGUACAGUGAACGAUUGUUGGAUGUGUGCAGCAGCGUGGGUGACUUCAGUUAUAAAAAUUCAGUUGCCUCACAACGGAGUCAAGCCAUGGGUGGUGGGGGUGUUGCGUUACCGAGGCAACAGGGGGGGGGGCUGCAUUAGUAACCGCGAUGCAGCUCACGGACUCCUUACCACAGCGUUACGGGGUGUAGGUAGGUGCUGGUGAUGCCAGGACAAGCGGAUUUGCCCAUCAUGGGCGGCUCUUUCAAUCCAGGGGCCUUCGCGGGCCCUCCCGCCUACACGCCAGUGCUCAUGCCUUUCAAGUUCCGCGAGCGCAGGGAGCCUGUGGACUGGCGGCGUCUGGGCGCAGUGGACGUGGAGCGCGUGGCUCGCGAGGUCGACGUCGCCACGCUACAGGAGUACAUCACGACAGUGACGUACUGCGAUGUGACCAGCGAGCGCUGCGCACGCUGCCAGGCGCCCGCCGACCCGCUGCUCGUGAAGCUGCUACGGUUGGCCCAGCUCACGGUCGAGUACCUGGUGCACACGCAAGGCUGCCUGGGCGCUGGCGCGCACGCCGCGCACACACGCACGCAGGGUCUAGCGGCGGAGCUGGGCCGUGCCCGAGCCGACGCGGAACGCCUUGCCGAGGAGCUCAAGGCCGCGCGCGACGAGUGCCGCCGCAGGAAGAAGUUGGUGGCGGCGUUGCAGCUCAUGCUGCAGGCCAACGCCAACCACUACCACAAGUGCCAGUUUUGUGACAAGGCCUUCAUGAACUAUGCCUACCUUCAGAGCCACGUGGAGCGCAGACAUCAGGAGGUCACAGAAGGAGAGCGCCAGAAGAAGCGUCGGGUGGAGAAGCUGGAGGAUGAGCUUGAGGGACUUAGGGAUCAGCUGAAGCACACGCAGGGCGACCUGCAAAACGAGAGGGAGGCGCAAGCCUUGUUAAGCCAAAAGGAGCAGGAGGCGCAUCGCGAGCGUGAGAGAGGCGUGCGGGAGUGGCAGGAACGCGAGCGCAAGGCCGUGCACGGGGAGGUGCAGCGCACGCGCGAGGACCUGCAGCGUGAGAUCAGCGUCCUCAGCAAGCAAAAUGUGGCCCUAGAGUUGCGUGUGCAGGAAUUGGGGAAAAGCCGCACAGAGGAUGAUAUGGCGAAGCAGAACAACAGCUUAAUGGCCCUGAAGGAGCAGCUGCACAAGCAGAACACGAAGAUGCAAAGUCUGCAGAAUAAACAUGAGCGUGAAAAAUCUCAGAUGCAGCGAGACCUGGAUUCGCUGCACGAUUCCCUUUCAAAUGACCAGAAGGCUAUGAGCACUCAGCUUUCGGAGCUGCGGAGGCUGGUGAAGGAGCGAGAUGCCCUCAUCCGCGAGCAGAAGCGCAAGAUUCAAGGUCUUUCUUCGACAAGAGUGGAAAAACCCCAGAUAGAGUCUGAAGAGGAGGAGGAAGAAGAAGAGGAGGAAGAGGCUGAGGAAGAAGUCGAUGCAGAGAGGAGUCUCCAGACGAUCACGGAGGCCACGGAAGACGACAGCAUCGAGGAGCUGGAGAGCUCGGGCGAGCGGAGGCCCCCAGGCCCGGGCCUGCUGCGGGAGCUGCGCGCCAGCCUUCAGAAUGCCCUCGAUGAAAAGCUGGAGGGCAUGGGCGUGCGCCAGGGCGCUCGAGGGAUUUCACAACAGGUACUGCUGUCCUCGUUGUCGGUGCUGCGCGCCCAACGAUCGCAAGCGACGAGCCGCCACGCACGCCUGCCCACCAUCCGGCGCCGCCUCAAGCGGCAGUUGGAGCAGCGGGUGCAGCAAGCGCAGCAGGCGGAGGCCGGCAACAGCGGGGCUGCGACGACGGUUACAGCAGCCCCCCGUGGGGGGAAAAGUGGCGGUGCACGGGGGGGUGGCUCGGCUGGAGGGCCCUCUAGCGGGGGUGCGGCGCGCAAGCCCGUGAAUGGCGUCGGCCCCAAAAAAACGAAGGGCACCUCGGGAAAGGCGGCCGUCAAGUCGGAAGGAAAUCCCCGGCGUGGCUCCCCGGGGCCACAGACCAAGGUGAUCUACUCAAGGCCGGCAGCGGCAAACGUGGCCAAACCCAGGUCGCCCGGCAAACAGGCCGCAGGAAAACCCGGAGCAAAGGCUGACUCUGGAAAGACAUCCAAUGCCCGCACCCCAGCUGGCAACGUGAGGCAGAAGCCAAGAUCAGUGUCGUUUGCCACCCCUCCCUUCACGUCAGACGACGACUCUGACAUUAGCACGAGUCCGCCGGACAUUCGCAAACACCACGGCCCUACCACCCGAAUGCCUGAGAAGGGGCCAUCCACAAAUGGGCGAAUCGCGCGCCAGCUGGCCGAGGAGUGGUCUGAUGGCAGUGAGCUGGAGUCCAUUACCAUCCCUGGACAGAAAAAGCCCCAGUCCACCGCCCAUCCGUCCCCACAAGGAGAGAAGGUGCAGAUUUUAAGCCAAAAAAUCGAGCGGCAGCUCGCCAAGCCAGGAAGUAAAAAACCAUCGGGCGGAGUCCACGUGAUGACCUCCACACCAAGCAAUAAUCCCAGCAAGGCGAGUUCCGCCACGGGACAGAAACGCAUGAACGAGGUGGAGGACGAAGACGACAACUGGGACAUCUCGUCGCUGGAAGACGCCCCCGUAGGAGGACGGGCUGCGGCACGGCCGGGACCCGUGCCGGCCCCACGCAAGGGCCCAUCUUCGCCGGGGCGGCCACACUCAACCGCUGUGCCCAUCACCUCCACUUCCAAGGCUGGUGAGACACUCACGGGUUUGAAGGAGCAAGGGUCAGGCAGCACUCUGAAGAGCAGCCUGGUUACCGUCACAGACUGGACCAACGAUGACUUCUCCGACCUGGAGUUGUCCUGAACUCCAACCCCGUGGGUCGAAUGCCCUUUUUCCACUGCACAACCAAGCCAUUCCAGGGCCGUGCUGAGCCAGUCCGGCGCAACUCACGAGGCACCAGGUUGCUUUUUCACGACCGAAGCGGAGCCGUGCCGCUGACGUCAUAUGCAAUGAGUCGAGAUGUCUUUUAAUAAUGCAGUGCCACCGUGUCUUCACAGUGAACUGACUGACAUCACAAACAUAAUGUACAUGUCCGUAGCCAUGCCCCUGGUCCUGCUUGGCCCCCAGCCAGAUGCGGAUGUCUCGUGAGGCCAGCAUGGCUUGGCACGGCACAUAGCCAGUAGAAAACCAGUCGGAUGUGCCAAUAGAAAAUGGGUAACAAAGGGGUCUAAGCAUACUAUGGCACGGGUGCUAGAGGAACACCACAGAAACAGCACCAUAGAGGCUAAAUACGCACUGCGAUGAAAUCUCAUUGUAACGUCCCUCAGGUUAACAUACUUUUUGCAUGAACAUAUUUAGUCAAAAUCCCCAGAAGAUGUACGGCAUAAAUAACGUUACAAAUAUUUCCAAAGAAUGUACUUCAUAUUUAUUUGCAUAUCAGAUUAACAUUAUUUGGACGUUCUGGUCGUUUUUUUUUACUUAGCACUACAUGAGAAUCACUUUGUGGGCCAGUCUUAUCCCUGUCCUAUGGAUACACUCGCCCCCGCCAUAAGAACGUGGAUUUUCUACGACUGGCUUAGAGCUGUAACCGGGAAACGAACUCCACAUAAAACGCAAAUUUGAGCAAGAAAUCACUAUUUUUACAACGUAUAUCUCACCAUCGUAAAAGCAUGGUCAUGAUGCAGCCAAUUAAAUGUGGUAGCUUCACAGCGAUUGACAAUGGCAGUGCCGUGCAAGCUGGUUCAGUAAAGCCAGCACACGUUGCAGCACUCGUUACACUGUUAAAGUUAUAUAUAGGUUUGGCAUUGCCCUGUGGACCAAUUUAAUUUCUCAGAGCGUGUUCGUCGAGCCAAGGCGAACUAAAAUUCUGAUUUCUUUGGUCGGUAAGGUUGCAAACGCAACAAAUUGACAGCCAGAUAGACCCCUGUGCUAUGGACAUUGAGGUGCUCUGUUGCCUUGUCUUCUUGGUCUAUUUUUGCACAUUUUUUUGUCAUUUCAAAUUAAAGUAUUUUCAUUAUAAAGUAUAAAACGUACGUACGUCGUAAUGAGAUUUCACUUUACAGGGACUGUCACAUUCCAAACUGAGCAUUACAUUUGCUCACAAAUCAGUACUAUAGGCACUUACAACACCUUAGAGCCUAGCCCAGCACCACAGCAGCUAACAACACAGAGGACAGGAUAAUGGGGCAGAGGCUAUCUAACACUACAGAGGAUAACAACACUAUUGGGGCUAAUAACACUGCAGAUGCUAGCUCACUACUCCAGGAGCUAAAACAACUUCACAUAUAGUGUAUGGUGUGAUAGCAGGAUGAUGCAAUAGCUAUCUGAACACAACAGAAAUUAGCACAGUCCAAAAGUAUAUCGUGAUGUUUUGUGCGGUUAAACACAACACUACAAGGCCUAGCACUCCAUUACAGUUGCUUUAUUUGGGCAAACUUAAAAAUCGUGGGGGCUCACGCAAAUACCACACAAGGUAGAACACAACAUCAGAGGCAAACUUAGCAUAGGAACAAGAAUGACUAAUUUGGCUGAGUACUAUGUAGGUUGGCACAGCACUUGAGAUAGUGUGUGUGCAGAUUAGCACGUACAACACUACACUACAUAACUUAGGACAAUCGGGAACAGGGCGUGCUGAUGUGUGAAAAUAUUUCUCAGGAACAAAUUAAGUGGUACGAAUGCAAUAGAAUAUCAUCGUUGUACUGCAGUAGUACUGUGUGGUAAAGUGGUACCUUAUUUCAAAGUUGUAUUCAAAAUGCUUUGUAAAAGGCAGUAUCACAUUCCCAUGAUUUAUUCAGGUACUUCAUAUUGUAUGUUAUAAAAACACUCUCGAUGCUGGGACCGGGUACGUGUGUAUACACAUGAUAGUUUAUUGUGUGUUAUAAAAACACUAUCGAUGCUGGCACCGGGUACGUGUGUAUACACAUGAUAGUUUAUUGUGUGUUAUAAAAACACUAUCGAUGCUGGGACCGGGUAAGUGUGUAUACAUAUGAUAGUUUAUUGUAUGUUAUAAAAACACUAUUGAUGCUGGGACCGGGUACGUGUGUAUACAUAUGAUAGUUUAUUGUAUGUUAUAAAAACACUUGAUGCUGGGACCAGGUACGUGUGUAUACACAUGAUAGUUUGUGGUGUUGUCAUCUAAAACAAUCUUUUUUUACAUGAAAAAAUACAUUGCCGUGUCUUCACUUCUUUUUUAAAAUUAUUUUUCUGUUUGAAGUUAAAUGCCUCUGGGUUCGUGAUUAUUCACAUUUUUUUAAAGAUCUUAUUGGCAAGCGUGUGUUGUGUUUUGUGUGUCGGACCAGUGCAGAAAAGGUUAAGAAAGUUAAUAUGUAAGCCACUUUUGCCUUGGUUUUUUUUUACAUCCAUUUCAGUGCAAAAGAGCAGUUUUUGCACGUGAAACAGGUAUUUUAUUAAGACAAAACUCCAAUAUUACUUUUCUAAACAAUUAUGGGGAUUUGAACCCUGUACAGAAAUGUGAGAUCCAAGUCCUGUCCAAUCGUUAUAUGAUAUAUAAUGUGGGAUUUAAGUUGUACAAAGACUUACGUGGAUUCAAACUCAUUGCAAUAAUUUACAAUACUACUCGGAUACUUUUAACUCUUUACAAUAAAUUUUGAUUUAAAGCUUUCGUGACUGCAGGGAUUCAUAUUAUUGGUUCUUUCGGUAAAGUCACGUAGAAGGGAAACUAUAAAAUAAUACAAAUAUUAAAAACAUUAAAAUUCUCACGACAUUUCGAAUGCAACAAAAGCAAUAAUUUAACAUAUGAAAGGAGAUCUAUUCGUAAAUUAACUCGAAAGAGAUUUGAUUAAAUACAGUCUUGUAUGUAGUAAAAGGCUACCGAAAUAAUUUUGUAAUAGGUUCUUCAAAACAUGGGAGUGGUGGUGCGCUCGUCUGCAUAUUACUGCGCUGAAUUAAAUUCCCGGCUACGGCUGACAUCGGCAGCAAGCAAUAACGGGGUCGUGUCCGCUCCCAAUCACCGCCCACACUGAUCAGCGUGGUGAAGUAGGGUCGAACAACCCUCACAUGGGGGAGGUCUUCAUUUGGCAGUGGAUUAAACGAGCUAAGUUAAUAAUUUAACUUUUAACCUCAAAAUUUGGCAGAGAAAUCCUGCUUGGUUUGGGGCUGUCUUUGUGAUGCGUCUCUAACGUGAACUACUUGCAGGUGUCCAAAAUCCCAUACCGUACUCUGGUGGGGUUUAUUUGUUCUGUAAAGCACAUUUACAACAUAUCAACAAAUUGCUUCAUAUAUUCCUGCACAUUGCAGGUCAGAUCAUUAAAGUUUGUUUUUUUAAAGUGUAACCGUGACAUAUAGGUACAUUAGAAUAAUUUUAUAUUGUAAAUGUUGCUUUGCCGUACAGAUAUAACUCACAUUAUCUGGAUAGAAAACUGAUGUUAUUCUGGAACUAUAUUUGCUUUUGGUACAUUUUGAAAUGUUUACCACCUUGUCGCCAACAUGAACAUUUUUUUUACAGUUUUACAGUAAUGUAUGAGUUAAUAACUGCACAAUUUCUUCGCUUUGCUGGUAACAACAUUUUUCGAUGCGUCUCCCACCUCGUAGAAUCAAAUUUCAAUAAAGUGGUUCAGUAAUAAACGUU